AUGAAUACCGGUCCCUUGUGUGAAUUAGUGCGCGUGAACUACGAAAAUAUCGGAUCUCCACUUACGGUGAAAACCAACUUUAACCUCACCCUUCCACUUCACAUUUCCCUCGAAUUCGUUUCUAAUGACUUUCGAGGCACAGGACCACUCUUUACGCUCGGUGAUCCUACCAAAGGCAUUGUCAUCGAGCUAGCACUGGAUUACGGACGACCAGUGCUAGCGUUAAAUUCCGAACGGAAGGUGUCAAAUCUUGGUUCUCUUCAUAACAACCAAUGGCACCGUCUAGACCUCUUCUUCAACAGGACUCCCAACGGUGUGGACGCUGUGGUGGUUGUUGAUCGGUGCAUUCACAAGAGGAGGUGCAGCCAGAGAGUCGCCUUCACUGGCCUGACAAGUGCAAUCACUGUUUUGGGACCUCUUAAACUCGGCAGCACAUCUUUUACCGUUCAUCGCUUAAAGGAACUUUGCUUGGAGAACAUUGUUGUGAAUUCUGAGUUGGUGGAUCUCUGGGAGGGGACAGAGUCGUCACCCCUGGCUCGGGGGUGUCCGAAGUGUGAGGAGGCGUGCUUCAUCGGCGAAGGCACCGACGGUGCGGGGCGGUGUGGCGCCGAAGGCGUCUGUCGGAAUCCCAUCGUCGCUGCCACUGACCAAUACGCAUGCACCUGCAGACCAGGAUUUCAACAGCCCAUUGAGGAAGCCUUUUUCGCCGACUACACCAUCACACCCAGCGCCCCUUGCACUCAGCCUGCAACAGAAUGGCAGGUGAAUGGCCCAGUAUCCGUCGGUGCUUUCGAUUUCGAUGGCAUUACGCUCCAGUUGAGUAUACGAACCCGCCAGACAGAAGCCCACGUCCUUCGAUCUGACGAUGGCCUAAUCCGUCUGGACAUCGAGCAGGGUCAUCUGAUUUUUCAUGCGGAUGCGGUGUCCCUCACACUUCCCGCAGUUUUCGUGUCCGAUGGUUUGUGGCACGCAAUUCAACUGACGAUUACACCAUUGAUUCAAGGAAGCCAAUCCAGAAUGAUAGAACUGUCAGUUGAUGGAUUGUGGAAUACAUUCUACAACGCAACUUUGGUUACAGCACAAGUUAACAACAUUUCAAAUGCCAAACAUUUUCUGCUUUUGGAAGCCGAUUCCAGUUGUUUGUCCGACAUACGAAUGGAGCUUCGCGAUGGUCGCAACAAUAUCUACCAUGACUACCUCAUCAACGAGCUUAACCAAAACCGCCAUAGCACCUUGGUGAAGGGAUGCCAGUCUGAGAACUACUGCGAAUCCAAAAAUCCCUGCGGAUUAAAUGAAGUGUGCAUGCCCGAGUGGCGUGGCUACAAGUGUGUAUGCAAAACCGGUUUCUCCUACCGCGCGAUCCCUCCAUUCGGUGAUCAGCAAUGCGUCCUCUCGAGCUGCGAACCGAACCCCUGCCAACACGACGCCCAGUGCAGCGUUCUUAGCAACGGGACUGUUUCGUGGGGCAACGAGACCAUCGGAGUCCUGUGUGAAUGCACGGGUGGCUGGAGUGGCCUGUUCUGCGAGAACCCCAUGCUUGUUCGCUCUGGCUUCCUCAACUGGUGGCUUCUUCCUCUCUUCUUUGUUCUCAUCUUGAUAAUAUUCUGGGUGGUAUUUUGCGUCUGCUGGUGGCGACGGAGAAAACUGAAGAAAGGUGGACCAGCCUUCAAGAAGGGUUCACGAUUCGUGGAACCCCUGGAGACAAUAUCCACGGAUGGCGUCGCCAAAGCUGGCGAAGAGGAUUACCGGGGAUCGCUCAACUUGAGCGUCCUAAAAGUCGCCGAAGAGCCACUAAGGCCUCAUCACUUGACUGUUCGAAACGCAUCCGUGGAGGAGACUCGAACCUCAGACUCAAUGACAGAAGCGGAACGUUUCUUAGCCAUGGACCAACCGUUGCAGUACGCCUUCGAAGGCUACGACUCCAGUCCUCCACCCACUUACUUUGCUCCCAACAUUUACGACUUCUCCAGACACACUUAG